AUGGCGCAGACAAUCCUCUCCGAACGAAAGAUAAGAAUGCGAAGGAGUGGCUGGAUGUUGGGGAUGGCAAGAACAUCACCGACAUGGAAAUGUCCCAAGGCAGUCUUCCGCCGCACUCAUCAGGCGAACAUGAAGGUUGAUACAAUGUUCAGAGACAUUUGGUGUGCUGCCGGAGUACUGCAGUGCCGAAGGUACUCGAGCAGCAACCGAUCUUAUAGCACCCUCUAUAAAAUCAUGCAACUAUAUCUUAGUCUUGAUCUUGAUCGUCUUUCUGGAGGGCGCGUUGAUCUGAGGUAUGGGAGCUCUUUGGGUGGCAUGUUUGGCGCUUUGCUUAUUUUAUUUGAAGAAUUGGCCUGGAAGAAUCAAAACAACUUGGCUUUCGUAAAGGCAUUCCCAAAAAACUCUUUCACACUACGCAUCCUUCUUUUCGUCCGACCAGCGACAGAACGCAAACUUGACGAUACAUUUUUCAAAGGAUACAUGCGUUCCCAAGCAAGUCCUCGCCACGCAACUUCUCUUACUAUCGUUGCUCCCAUCAUGCUCGUAACAAUCCUGCGUUCAUUUUCUUUCGCAAUGACUCUCGUCCUUCUACCUGCUUCUUUUGAAGCUUCGCAGCCCGGUGCAACUACUUACGUAUACAUGACUCGAAUUCUCAAGAUUGCUAUAAAUAACAUGGUCAUCGCACCCAGGAGUGUCAAUCACCCCCAGAACAGUUCCCUAAUGCUGGCACCUCUACUUCCGCCAGAGCUCCUCGACAUCGUGAUGGGCUGUCUCCUCGACGAUGACAACUCACUCAAAUCAGCCUCACUAGUCUGCCGCUUUUUCGUAGCUCCAAGCCAAUCCCGCUUGUUCUCCAUCAUAUCCCUCAGACCUCCCCCCCACAAAAAACGACAUCUUUCAGGAUGCCGUAUGUUCGGUGCACAUAUCCCCACAAACUCGAAAGAGGGGUUCAAAUCUUCCAUUGAGGCAUUUAGCCGAGUAAUUGCAGCCUCACCCCACCUGCUUGGCUACGUACGCUGCCUUCACCUUCAUGGCUCCCCUUACCCUCUUGUGCCCCGGCUCCCGCCCAAUCACACGGACUGGCUCAAUUCGCAAUCACCUCAUCUCAUGACCUUUCUUCCGCGCAUUGCUCCGAGGUUGAAGGGUUUUGGGAUGCACCUGGUAGACUGUAAGACACUCUUACCGGAUGUUAUGGAGGCGAUCGCAGGUGUCUUUGAAUCCGGACUUUUGACAAGCAUUACCCUCAUCGACACAACCAACCUUCCAGUUUCAGUGCUUGCUUCCUGUGAACGGUUACAGCACCUCAACCUCCAGGUCGAAGGUUGUUGGGCUAGUGCAGCUCUUGCUGCUUGUCGCGUGUCCAAACGUUGCCAGUCAAAGAGACCCCUCAUCUCACUAAAAUUACGUAAUUCCAGAAGUGAAUGGUUCUCAAGAGACGAUUGCAUUUUUGACAUUUCCCGUCUGCGUUUUCUGGAUCUUUUUGGACAGCUGGAUUUCGCAAGAGUUUGUGAGAUAUGUUCCGGUUCUUUGAGAGUCCUCCACAUGGAGGCCAAGUACCUGCCGGAUGUUUUCGUCGCCUCGAAUGAUAUAAACAGCUUCAUCGUAUUGGAAAAGGCCUAUUUUCAUCUUUCUGCGGGCGCUAGCACUCAGGCUCCCAUCUCUAUCCUUUUCUCCGAAAUGGACUCUAUCCUUGCUGACGGAACUCAGGAGAACCUGCCGGCUCUGCAAUCUGUCACUAUUCUCGUGGACUGCAAUCAACGGUACAAGUACAAGGUUAUAGGAAUGAUCAUGAAGCGAAUGCGCCUGCUCCGCAAGAUGGGCAUUUGGUCAGCGGAUACGGACGGCAUGGUGGGAAUGUACGAACUGCAGACCCCACGCACAGAGGACGGGGACGAAGGCGGCGGGGUGAAGGCUGUGGGAGUUGUUGUACUCCGGGUACUUGUGAAGAGAAUUGAGAGGAGGAGGAGCGUGGAGUAG